UGCACCCGCGGCUCCACCAGCUCCCUAAAAAUCCCUCCCUGUCCCAAAGCGGUCGCGCGCUCCGGCCUCGCCAUGCUCCUGCUUCUGGGACUGUGCCUGGGGUUGCCGCUCUUCUCGGAGUCCCAGGAAGACGCACGGAAGUGGAAUGACAUCUCGGAGCAAGUGGCACUCAGGGUUCCCAGGCAACCCAGGCUGUUGCAAAGGCUGAAAACCAAGCCCUUGAUGGCAGAGUUCUCGGUGAAGUCUACCAUCAUUUCUCGCUAUGCCUUCACCACAGUUUCCUGCAGAAUGCUCAACAGAGCUUCCGAAGACCAGGAUGCUGAGUUCCAGAUGCAGAUUCCAGAAUCAGCUUUCAUCACCAACUUCACCAUGCUUAUAGGAGACAACGUCUAUCAGAGUGAAAUUACAGAGAAAGAAAAGAAAAGCGCUAAUAGGAUAAAAGAAAAAAGAAACAAAACCACAGAUGAUAAUGAGGAGAAGGGGACUGACGUCUUCAGAGCCUCUUUGGUGAUUCCCAGCAAGGACAAGGCUGCCUUCCUCCUCAGUUACGAAGAGCUCCUGCAGAGGAGGCUGGGCAAAUAUGAGCACACCAUCAGCGUGCGCCCCCAGCAGCUGGUGGGGAGGCUGACUGUGGAGGUAAACAUUCUGGAAAGGUCAGGCCUCACAUCCUUGGAAGUGCUGCCUCUUCACAACAGCAGGAAAAGGGGCAGCGGGAAGGCAGAAGGUGAUUUGGGUCCUCCUCCUUCUACUGUGGUCAACCAAAAUGAAACUUUUGCCAAAGUUAUUUUUAAGCCUACCGUAGUCCAACAAGCUAAGAUUGCCCAGAAUGGAAUUUUGGGAGAUUUCAUCAUUCGAUAUGAUGUCAAGAGAGAACAGAACAUCGGUGACAUCCAGGUUCUAAAUGGUUACUUCGUGCACUACUUUGCUCCUAAAAACCUCCCUCCUUUACCCAAGAAUGUGAUUUUCGUGCUUGACAUCAGUGCCUCCAUGGUGGGAGCGAAACUCCAGCAGACCAGGGAAGCGCUUGUCACAAUUCUCAACGACCUCCGACCCCAGGAUCGUUUCAAUAUCAUUGGGUUCUCCAACCGGAUUAAAAUGUGGAAGGACCGCUUGGUACCCGUGACUCCUGAGAACAUCAGGAAUGGCAAGCUCUACAUGUACCACCUGUCCCCCACUGGAGGCACAGACAUCAAUGGGGCCCUUCAGACCGCCAUCAGGCUGCUCAACAACUAUGUGGCACAGAAUGACAUUGAAGAUCGGAGUGUGUCCCUCAUCAUCUUCCUCACGGAUGGAAAACCCACCUUCGGGGAGACCAGUACCCCCAAGAUUCUCAGCAAUACCAAGGAAGCCGCCGGAGGCCAGAUCUGCAUCUUCACUGUGGGCAUCGGCAGUGACGUGGACUUCAAACUGCUAGAGAAACUUUCUCUGGAGAACUGCGGCCUCACGCGGCGUGUUCUGGAGGAGGAGGAGGCAGGAGCCCAGCUCAUCGGGUUCUACGAUGAAAUCCGGACCCCGCUUCUUUCUGACAUUCGCAUAGAUUAUCCUCCUGACGUGGUGGAGCAUGCCACCAAGACCCUGUUCCCCAACUACUUCAAUGGCUCUGAGAUCGUCAUUGCCGGGAAGAUGGUAGACAGGAAGUUUGAUCAGCUGCAUGUGGAGAUCACUGCCAGCAACAGUAAGAAAUUUGUCAUCCUCAAAAAAGACAUCCCCGUGGACUCCCAGAAGCUGGGCAAUGACGUCUCGACCGACCCCGGCUCUGCCAGUGAUAGUGGGGAGGACCCCAACCACAUAGAGCGUCUUUGGAGCUACCUCACUGUGAAGGAGCUGCUGAGCUCCUGGCUGCAGAGCAACAGCGAACGCGAGAAGGAGCAGCUGAGGCAGAAGGCCCAGACUUUAGCCUUGAACUACCACUUCCUCACCCCCUUCACCUCCAUGAAGCUGAAGAAGCCAGGGCUGCACACAGGCCGUCUGGAGGACACCCACGGCAUGUCUGCGGCCACAGGACCUGAGACGGUGGUGCAGAGCCUUCGAGGGGCCGACAGGCAGCCAGGACCUGCUCUCAAGAAACCAUACGAGCCGAGAAUUAAAAUCUCUAAAACAUCAGUGGAUGGCGAUCCCCAUUUUGUUGUGGAUUUCCCCUUGAGCAAGCUCACUGUCUGCUUUAACAUUGAUGGAGAGCCUGGGGACAUCCUACGGCUGGUCUCUGAUCACCUGGACUCUGGUGUGACUGUGAAUGGAGAGCUCAUUGGGGCCCCGGCACCUCCGAAUGGCCACAAGAAACAACGCACAUACUUCCGCACCAUCACCAUCCUCAUCAACCGUCCCGAGAGAUCUUACCUUGAGAUCACACCGAACAGGGUCAUCCUGGAUGGCGGAGAGAGGCUGGUCCUCCCCUGCAACCAGAGUGUGGUGGUAGGGAGCCGAGGACUGGAGGUGUCGGUAUCUGCCAACGCCAAUGUCACUGUCACCAUCCAGCGCACCAUUGCCUUUGUCAUCCUCGUUCACCUCUACAAAAAGCCAGCACCCUUCCAGAGAAACCACCUGGGCUUCUACAUUGCCAACAGCAAAGGCCUGUCCAACAAUUGCCACGGGCUGUUAGGUCAGUUCCUGAACCAGGAUGCCAAACUCAUAGAAGCUCCUGCAGUGUACGGCAAGAAUCUUAGUCAUCAGCCAUUUCCUCAGACAAAAGAGACUCCUGAGGCUAUCCUAAAGGUGAAAGGACGCCGAGUUCCGGUUGUCUGGAAACAAAGGAAGAUUUACAAUGGGCAAGAGCAGGUAGACUGCUGGUUUGACAGAAACAAUGCUGCCAAACUGAUCGACGGGGUGUACAAGGACUACCUGGCAUCUCAUCCAUUUGACACAGAGAACACGCUGGGCCUGAGCAUGUCCAGGAGAGCUGAGACUGGCAGCUUUCAUGAGGAAAGUGUCUGAAAGGGAAGGGACUUUGGGUGUAUUCUGGAUGCAGCUCUUCCUGUGACCUGCGCCUGCCUUGGCUCACGCUAUGAUCUGCGCUGUGUAGCCUGCCCCCUGGUGGAGUGGAGAUCCAAUGUCUUCUAGAGUGAAAAAUAGUACACCCUACCUACUUCCUUUUCCUACUUUCCUCAUCCCAUCUAUACUAGACAAAUAUGGUAGCACCAAGAGGAGAGCAGAUGUAAUUGAGUCAAAUUGUGUAGCACCUGGCUUGUCCAUCUCUUGGUCUACUGUAAAAUAACCCUUUCUGAGGAAGCAAGGUUGACGUGGAUUUUUUUUUUCUCUGUAACAGUGUCCAAGUUUGGACAGUCUGCUUUUUGCCAUAUAUUCAUGCUUAAGAAUCUCUCUUUUCAGCUGCCUUAUCCAGAUGGUGCUCCCAAACUCUUCUUCCAAGGUCAUUUACAUUGAGGCUAGGCCAGCAAGCAUGCAAAUAGUCCAUACAACUUAGCUCAAAAACUAAGUCUUUUCUUAGCAGAAGAUUCUUUUUCUGCUGUGGAAUCUUGUCCUAUCAAUAUCCCAGAUGCUGAUCUCUUCCUGAUUGGCUUUGCAGGUCACUUGGCCUGGCUGGUGGGUGUUUUCCAAUUUAUUCCAAUAAGCUAAGUAAUUUUAAUAAAUAGGAAAACUCUCCGUGGACAGUCUUCACUGGCCUGUCUUGGUGCUGGAGAGCCAGCUGAUUGGAAUAUAAAUAUUCUACUCAGAGCAGUUCAGUUUUUGCUGUAGUUCCAACACUUUGGUUUUGCCUUCGGCUGUCCAGGAAAUAAUAAAUACUAUGAGAACAGUGCUGGCGUGAGAGACAGACCCAGCCUAGAGUGAGCCACUCAGCCUACCUGUGGGAAGAAUCAACUUCUACAUUCUCAGAAAGAAGUGGAUAUAUGCCUGAAAACCUGGCCACUGCACCGUGAACUAGCCACAGCAGCAGUUACCUGCAGGAGUCAGGGCCCGACAAUCAUCGAGGCCAGGGGAGGGAUCAUGAGGCCCUACCCGCCGCCUAAAAAGUUACUGGCAGUUAUAAGUCACUGAAGAAGCGGCUUUCAUCUCCCUCAGUUGUACAGCCACUGCUAAGUUGCCCUUGCUCAAGGAAAUUACCCCCAAUUUACAAAAAGUGAUCCUAAUUGAAUGUGGUGACUCAUAUACCCAUAAGAAACGCAGAAGUAGGAGGGGAACUUUUUGAGACAAAGGAAACCAUAAAAGAAGCUCAUGGGACAUGGGGAAGUAUGAUCCAAGUACAUUGGAGCUGUGCGUGAAUUUGUGAAUGAAUAAACUAAAUAAAAAAAAAUCUUAAGAAGAGAUCCACACAUCUCAGAUGGGCACAAGCUAGGAGCAUGAGUUUUAUUUCUAGUGCUUGGUAGAUGAAGCUACUAAGAAAACGGUUGCAAUCAGAGGAGGCUUCUAGAGAUUGGUAAAUAUGACCUUAUCGUGACCAUGCUCCAUCAGGCUCCAUCUCAUCCGAGAGCAAGGUAGAUGUCGGAGAACAUGGAGCCUCCCUCUUCACACUUGGUGCCUUUCAUUGCUGUGUUUGGCCUUCUCGGGGGCUAGUGCGUGAGAGGCCUGCUUGGAAACAGAUGAACAGGAAGUGAUGGGACAGGAAGUGAACAACAGAGAAAGGGGGAAAAUGUGCUUGGGGAAAACAAGAGUAUUUUGAUGUGGACCAGAGAGAGGGGCUUCUGUGCCGUUCCCGCUUAAGGUUUCUUCUAUCGGGCACCAGGCCAAGGAACUCUCUACAGUGAAGCAGGAAGGCUUCUUAGCACUUGGAGAGAAAUCAGCAUCAAGAAAAUUGUUUUCCUUCCUGUGGGAAGCAUUUGAGCAGCACAAUGACAUCCACAUGUUUCUGUCUGACCUAGCAACCUUAAGAGCCAGUUAGGGCUGCGUGAGUCUCUUUCUCUCUGGUUCAUGAACCCACCAGGCCACAGCUGGUCAGCUGUGCUAUUUAUCUGACUCCCCGUGUUUCCAGACUCAUCUGUCCAUUUUCACGCCAGGAGAGCAAAGAUGAGCAACCCGUAUGGCUGCCACAUGUUUCUGUCUUUUCAGGCUAAGAGAAAGGACAAUGUCAGGCAGGCCUAACCAGUCCUGGUCCCAUGGCAUGUUCCAGCGUCUUCCUAUUGCAUGAAUCCCAGCUGCAGAGGCAGCUCUGGAGCUGCAGGGGCAUGGGGCAGCCACCAGCCCACUGGGUUGCGCUCAGAUGAUAUGGGUGUGUUGUUCGAGGUGCUGGCUUCACCACCAACAGAAAGAAAUCACUAAGCGAGAGCAUCUCAGAGCAGAGGCACAUGGAGGACGCCAGAGAGAUGUUCGUGACUUCCACUCCUUUCUAGUAAAGAAAUCAACUUAAAAGGGAGCAAAGAGAUUUUAGUUAGAAGUCCCUUUUAUCUUUACACAGAUAUUCUACAAAUGUAGUACAUGCUUGUGCUCUCUCUCUCUCACACUCUCUCUCUCUCUCUCUCUCUCUCUCUGUGUGUGUGUGUGUGUGUGUGUGUGUGUUUAAAGCAUUCACUAUUUAGUGAUGUAAAUUACCUGAUAUAGCUAGAAAGGCCUUUUUGGGCAUCCCAAACCACACACCUACACUAAAGUUUUCAUUUGACUGGGCAUGUGUUGUGGAUAGAAAACGCAAGUGGCUGCAAAGGAGAAGGCUGUAUUUUCAAAUGGGGAAAUGGAGGCAACUGAGUCACUUUCUCCAAAUCAUAUUUAAGACUUAGAGUAGGAGAGAGCUGGACCUGCAGAUCACAUGAGAGAUUCGCCACCUGGUCAACCAUUUCUUUUCCUCAAGAGUUUUGUAAAAGAUGAAAUGGGAGGUUACUAAAUAAGUAAUUGGCUGGGCUGAGAAGAAAAAAAAAACAUUGAAGUUAAAAUGGGAUAAAUCAAAUUGUUAUUGCAAUAGCUUAUGCUAAUGAGUCAGUGAACUGGUUUGUUGAGCAAAUUUUGUCUCUAGCUUCCAGUUUCCUCUUUUCUCCUUUUCUAUUCUAUUCUUUUUAAUGAAGAAAGACGUAGAAAUGUGUCAUUUUAAAGAGAUUUCUCAUUAAACUUUCAUAUAAAAUUAUCCAAAUA